UUUGUCAUGUUUAUUAUAAAAGUUUUUGGAAAUGUCACUGAAUUUGGAAGAUGUGCUUAAAAAUCUCGGCUGGGCUGAUGGAUUCCAGAUUCCUAUCGCCAAUGCCGAGAAUAAAGCUCUCGAAGAAGAAUUAGCCAAGCUCAGCUUGAGAAAACAGAAGGGAAAAACCGGUUUGGAGAUUUUAAGUAGUAGAUUGGAUGCUUUAAAUGAUCAUUUCAAAUAUGUAACACAGGAAAAUGAACAAACUCAGAAACUUAUCACGGCUCACAAGCAACAACUCGACGCUCUCGAAGAUGCUUACCACACCGCGAAAGCCGAAAACCAAAACACCCUUCAAGCAAUCAAAACCGGCGGCAACCAACUCAAAGAAGCCGAAGACCUACAAACGCACCGAAAGAGCGACCUCGUCAAACAAGUUGCCAAAGCGGACAAGCUCAAAGCCGAAAUGGAUUGGGACGCCGAGGCUUUGAAAGCCUGGGAAGAGGCGCUGAAAAAGAGGGACGAAGACAUAGAGUUAUUGAGGAAGUUCUUUCAGGACGAUGAUAGGAGAUUUAAUCAUCUAGAGGCUAGGCGACAGCAUCUGCAGAACGAGCUGGGGAUUAUGAGGAGAAAAAUCGCUAGAAUUGCGGCGACGAGCGAUAAUUGUGAACAAAUGAUUCAACGAUCAGGUAAAGUAAUGAAGCAACUAUCAGUGGAAAGGGACGCGCUCAUCACACAAUGGAAAGCCUCGGUGAAGAUGCUGCAACAGCGAGACAACGACAUAAUGAAAUCGCAAGAACAGCUUUGCCACGUCCAGGAGAUGAUCGAGAAACAACGGGAAAAGCUGGAGGAAGAGAACACGUUUCUGGAAAACGAGAAGAGGAAUAACAGAAUAUUGGAAAUGGAAAUUCAGGAGGCGAAUAACUCGAAUUCGAGGUUGAAGCGAGAGAUGGCUGAUAUGUAUCAGGUUCUUUUGACUAUGAAUACAGAUUAUCACACAUUGAAGAGGCAAGUUAGCACAGCAUCGCAUCAUCUUAAGAACGAACGCCUCAGAGGGAAACGAAUGGACGAGCAAUUCACCGAAAAGGAAGCUCUUUGUGCCCAGUACACAGAAGACGUCGGUGCUUUACAAACGAAGCUGGAAGAAGUGAAAAACUCGGCCAUGACAUCCGAAGAGAGGAUCAAGAGCAUAGAAAAGAUAAUAGAACAAGAAGAGAAGCUGUACAAUAUAAAUUUGGCCGAUAUUGAGAAAACCAACGGAGUGUUGUUCAGGUCGGAGCAGACGUUGAAGGAGCAACGUGAGAUUGGUAAGAAUUUGGCAAUUGAGAUAGAUACUGGAGCCUGUACGACUGCUCAGUUAAGGAAGCAUAUCCAGACCGAACGGAAAGAGCUGGAAAGAAUCAAGGAGGUUGUAUACGAGAUGGAAUUUAGAAUUGACGAAUGUGAAAAGAAGCUGUACGAGCUAUCAGAAGUCAAGUAUGUCGAAGUGUCAGAAGAGAAACAACAAAAACUAGAUGAAUUAGAGAAGACAUUAAGUGAUUACAAAGAAUUACAACAUUCGCUGCAAAUCCAAGUGGACCGUUUACGAGAAGAAAUGCGUCGACUGACCACCGUCAUAGCUGCGGACAAAGAAGUACUGGAAACUUUAAAGAACAAGUGCGAAAAUUUCUUGUUGGUGUACGAAAUCAGCCAAAAGCAAAUCGCAGUUGCUAAGCGGUCGAUCCAAGAAAAGCAAGUGGAAGAGAAUAUGAUGCGUCUCAGAAUCAAUCAGAUCGAAAAGGAUAAGAAGAAAGAAGAGAAGCAGAUAUUUAAUUUAGAAAGAUUUAAACUCAAUAUCGAGCAGGCUAUGAAAGAGAGACAGCUAGAAAUCAACACUCAAAAAUUGAUCCUCUUAACGAAGAAACGUAGCCUAGAGGAAGACAAAGGAAGACUGAAGGCCGAUAUCAAUGUACGCAAAUUAAAGAUCGAUCAGUACCAGAAAAAGUACCAUUUGGCAUUGACCGGUCUGGGCAAGGACGAAGAAGGCCAGCCUAUGACGGUGACUCACUUUAAAAUCAAAAACGCACAGGAAAAGUUUUUUUUGCAACAAGAAGGGGACGAGUUGGAUAAGAAAAUCAAGACCGCGGAACAAGAAAUCGUUGCGUUGGAAAACACCUUGAAGAUCAUCAAUAUGACCAAUGCUUCGUUCAAAAAUAGCCUUGCGCCAGUAAAAGAAAACGAUCCCGAGUUGAACGAGAUGAAAGAGCUUCAAGAACAACUAAAGGCAACAACAAAUGAACUGAAGAAGUAUAGAAAUGAUGUUACUGUAAAACAAAAGGAACUGAAUGAACUGGACAAACAACACAAAGAACUGGAAGCUGUCCUUCACGAUAACGAGGCCAUUGUACAGCAACUGGAGGAUGAGAUUUUCAGCGUCAAGAAACAAGAAAUCGAUAAAUCGGAGAAGCUGAAGAGGGUCGAAUGCGAAUUGAAGAAACUGUCAAAACAACUAUUCGCUAAAGACAGACAAGAUAUUUAUAAAUAUAUCAGAGAUUUCGAAAUUCGGCACUUACAAGACACCAACAGAAAAGUCCUGGAUCAAUUCAAAGAGUUUACCGUUACUUACCCCGAAAUGGCGCCCUCCAUUACGAAAAACCUGAUCGAGAACAACUUGGAGCUGCCAGCUGGCAAGAAGACACCCAGUACGUACUCGUCCCUCUCUUCUCCGAGCAGCUGUUACUCCACCGAACUGCAGAACACCCAAAGAAUCAAUUCUGCGAGCUCUAGUAAUACUACCGUUUCGGUUAAAAAAGUUGAACUAGUUCUUGGCAUAUAAAUAUAUGGUUUUUUAUGUAAUAUUUUUUAUUUAAAUCAAUAUUUUGA